CAAUCAUCUAAUAAGCAUAUUCCUUAUUCUUUUCUCUCUUUCUCAGUUUUUUUGGUAAUCAUUCUUUUCUCUCUUUCGAUAGUUCUUUGAAUUAUACAUUUUCUUAUAUAAUUCUGUUUCCUUAUUUAAUCAAUACGAGUUAAUGGUGUACGACAAAGUUAUAAUAUUUGUUUGAAGCUUGUACUUUUACUCAAGUUUUAAACAUUAAAUUUUUUACUGUUGGUGGUGAUAUUUCUCGACUCUUUAAGCCUCUACUCAGCAUUAGUGAAAUCAAAUCAAGCUCCAAAUUUAAUUUGUUAUUCUGGUAGCAGAAGAAGAUUAUAUAGUUAAAGAGGAAUGAGUCAACCUAAAAUCAAGCGUCGUGUGGGUAAAUAUGAGGUGGGAAGGACAAUUGGGGAGGGGACAUUUGCUAAAGUGAAGUUUGCAAGAAAUUCUGAGACAGGGGAAGCUGUGGCACUUAAGAUCCUUGAUAAAGAGAAGGUUCUCAAGCACAAGAUGGCUGAACAGAUCAAGCGGGAAAUAGCAACAAUGAAGUUGAUACAGCAUCCAAAUGUUGUUCGUUUAUACGAGGUGAUGGGAAGCAAGACAAAGAUAUUUAUUGUUUUGGAGUUUGUUACCGGGGGAGAGCUCUUUGACAAAAUUGUAAACAAUGGACGGAUGAGAGAAGAUGAGGCACGGAGAUACUUCCAGCAGCUCAUUAAUGCUGUUGAUUAUUGCCAUAGCAGGGGUGUAUACCAUAGAGACCUGAAGCCAGAAAAUUUGCUCUUAGAUGCUUACGGUAACCUCAAAGUUUCUGACUUUGGAUUGAGUGCACUAUCUAAGCAAGUCAGGGAUGAUGGUCUCCUUCACACUACCUGUGGAACACCAAAUUACGUUGCUCCUGAGGUCCUUAAUGAUAGAGGUUAUGACGGGGCAACUGCGGACCUCUGGUCGUGUGGCGUGAUACUCUUUGUGUUGCUUGCAGGUUACUUGCCUUUUGAUGAUUCUAAUAUUAUGAAUCUCUAUAAAAAGAUUUCAGCAGCUGAAUUCACUUGCCCCCCUUGGCUAUCUUUUAGUGCGAUGAAAUUGAUAACUCGAAUCUUGGAUCCGAACCCAAUUACCCGCAUUACCAUUCCCGAAAUUUUGCAAGAUGAAUGGUUUAAGAAAGAUUACAAACCUCCCAUGUUUGAGGAGAAAGACGAUACGAACUUAGAUGAUGUAGAAGCUGUAUUUAGGGAUUCUGAAGAGCACCAUGUUACGGAAAAGCGAGAAGAACAACCAACGCCUAUGAAUGCAUUCGAGUUAAUUUCUAUGUCAAACGGGUUAAACCUCGGGAACCUGUUUGAUGCGGAACAGGGAUUUAAGAGAGAAACAAGGUUUACAUCUACACGUCCUGCUAAUGAGAUUAUCCACAAGAUUGAGGAAGCCGCAAAGCCUCUCGGGUUUGAUGUGCACAAGAAGAACUACAAGAUGAGACUUGAGAAUAUGAAAGCUGGGAGGAAAGGGAACCUUAACGUGGCCACGGAGAUAUUUCAAGUGGCACCUUCUUUGCAUAUGGUCGAGGUGCGAAAAGCUAAGGGUGAUACACUGGAAUUCCACAAGUUCUAUAAAAACCUUUCAAGCUCUCUCGAUGAUGUAGUUUGGAAAACUGAGGAGGACAUGAAAGAGGUGAAGUAAAGGAAUGUCGGGUGGCAGCCCAUAUUUUGGAGGGUAAUGCCUCUGAUCUUUUGCCCAUGGAGUGGUUAAAUGUUGUUCCAUUUCUCCCUAUUGUUCAUUCUUUUGGCUUCCCAUGUCGUUUUCUUAAUUUUCUUAUCUUUAUAGCCUGUAAGAUUAAACAGCCAUGGUUCUUCCAAUUUGUUUUCCAGUGUUAUUAGUGUUGGGAAAUAUGGAUGAUUUCCAUGGAAAGAAGUGGUUUUUAAACUGUAAUGAUAUUUGAAACAUGGAUGAUUUCCAUGGACCGGGUGCUUCUUCUAUAUAUACACAUUUAUAUAUGAAUUAGUAGUUCUUUUUUCUUCUUUGGAAAGAA